UCCCGCCUUCUUUCAUCUUCACAAUUAGAAACCAGAUGGCUCAAAAAACAAAGAACAAGAAGAAAGUUCCACUGGAGAAACAAGCCAGAGUCUCCUUGUUCUGGCCAGAUCUUCCUCAAAUGUUCCUCGACCUAAUUGGAAAGGAUUCAACUCUGAUGUGGAACAUCGGCUAUGAAGGUGUAACCAAGUCAUGGACAGCAGCGGCAAAGCAGUGCAACCCAAAUGCAUCUCUGCCGUGGCUUCAGCUCUCUGACGAUCACGUUCAUGUUCCUCGCAAUUAUGGUGAUGUUACUCAGCCUGCUGAUCAAUUCAACAUUUCAUUUCAUCAAGGGUACACUUACUUGCCUUGCAGAUGGUCAUCUCAAGGCCCCUGGAACAAUUGUCGUCUCCCUGAAUUCGAUCCCAAAGUCCCGUUUAUGCGUGUCAUAAUCUCUUCUUUGAAUGAAGAUUAUUCAACUAGGCAUUGUACCGUGAUGGUGUUGACAGGAACUAGCCAUCCAGCAUUUGUGUACUACAGGUUGAGAGGAAAAGGAAAGGUGCCAGAAUGGGUGAAGCAGGACUGCACUCUGAUUGAUCCCCAUUACCAGAACAGAUCAGGAGGUGGGAAAUUUCUGCAAUUCACCAAUGCUAUUGGAUUCAAAGGAAGGUUCUAUGCUUUGAGUCUGCAAGGGACAGUUGCUGAGAUUAUUGUUGAUGAUGAGUUUAAUCUAUGAGUCAGAGCUCUGAGUCUGAAAAGGGCUGUUCUUAUGCCUCCACCGACUAAUAAUCUUUAUUUCUGAUA